AUGUCGACAGACGAAAAAGGGAAAAUACAACAUCCAAGCCUUACGAUAAACAAAACAGAAGGCAUUGUCGAAAAGGGGAGUCCUGAGAAAAACGAAGGGCACAAAGAUCCUUUAGUUAAAAGGUUGUAGCGUGACAUCGAUCUUGCGUAGCGUCGUCGAGUUAAAACGUCGUAGCGAUCGAAGGCGACAACGAGAUAACAUGGUUGCGAAAGUAUUUAGGCGAAGUGGCGCGGAAAGAGCAGCAAGAAAAAUGGCGAAACCAAGACGAUUGGUGGCUAAAGAAUACCAAGCUCGGGGACGCCAUGGUUAAGUAAGCAGCAUGGCUCCUAACGGAAGAGAGUUGGAGUCGGAGUGCUCGAAUGUAGAGUUCGCGUGUAAGAUCAUUCUCCAACAUCGGUGUGCCCAGAAAAACUUGUUGAACACGCUCAUGAGAGCACUCUGCACGGGGAAGUGGGUCUUACCAUGACAAAGUUGCGAGAACAGUAUCGGAUCCCUCGUCUGAGUGGACUCGCCAAACGUUUGAUGAGUUUGAUCAACCGUUACGCAGGAUUGAAACCAUUUCAGGCAGUAGCCGUAGUAUGUCCGCCGCCAGGACUGUUACCAUGGAGCCGAACCGAAGGAAUAAUGGUGUAGUGUGAUAGCAGUGUAAAGCCGUGCGCCUUGGUGUGGAGGCCAAUUGGAACGGAUAGUUGGUUUGGUCAAAUGAGCUCUUCACAAGUCAAUAGAACGUCGCUGUCUCCUUUGGAACCAAUCAGAGGAAGUAUUGAUAGACGUUGAAACGGCCUUAAAUGAAAGACCUCUUUGCUACGAAGAGGACGACAUUCAGCAACCUAUCUGACUCAAUCCUGUUCAGCCAAACCAAUCAACUACCAGAAAUGAAAUACCAUCACUUGGAAAAUUAAAGCUUGAGAAGGAGAGCGAAAUACUUAGCCAAAUUGAAGGAAGCGAUCUGGUUGAGGUUGACGAAAGAGCACAUUGACGGAACGUCAUUGUGUAGCAAAGUUGUUAUAAUUCGUGGAGUUGAGAAUAACCGCAAUCAGUGGAAGUUGGGAAUACUGCAAGAGUUUAUCAAAGGAAAAGAUGGAGUCAUCACAGGAGAUAAGUUUAAAGCUGGAAAAGGCCUCUUGGAGCAACCUGUCCAACAUUUAUAUCCUCUACAACUGUCGCGUGAUAAACCUGCGGAAUUUGAACGGAAAAUGGCCUUAAAUCCUGAAGCAUCGGUGGGAAAACUAAAAAGAGACGCUGCAGUCGCGGCAGGACUGAGAGUUAAAGGCAUUGCCGAAAGUGAAAAACUGAAAUGA